UUUUACUUUAAUAAUAAAAAUAAUUGUUGAAACAAUGAGUGAUAGUGAAACAAACUUAAAGUUAAUUGGUUAUUGGAUGUCGAAGAAAAAAUUACAUAAAAUUAAUUGGACGGAAUUUAGAAAUACAAGUCGAAAAUAUGGAUAUGAAUUAAAAGAAGUCGAUUUAGAACGACCGUUAGAAACGCAAGGUCCAUUUACUGUAUUCCUGCAUAAACUUACAGAUAUCAUUGCGUUAGCAAGCCAAGGAGAUUCAAAGAGUCAAAAUGUAAUCGAUCGAGUAGAACAGUAUAUAAAAAAUCAUCCCGAUUUGAUUGUGCUCGAUCCGUUAGAUAAUGUUCGAAUACUCUUAGAUCGAUGUAGAUCAUACAAUAUUAUAAUCGAAUCAAAUUUGGCACAGUAUGGAGUAUUUACACCAAAAUUUGUGGAACUUCAAUCAUCAAAUAGUACAGAUAAUUUAUACAAAUUAAAAGAAGCCGAUAUUGGUUAUCCAUUUUUAUGUAAACCAUCAGUGGCACAUGGUUCAACAUCAGCACAUAAAAUGUCAAUAAUAUUUCAUGAAAAAUACAUAAGUGAUUGUUUUAAACCGCCAUGUGUAGCUCAAAAAUUUAUACCACAUAAUGCAAUCUUGUAUAAAAUUUUUGUAGUUGGUGAUAAAUUUUUUAUUGUAGAACGACCUAGUCUAAAAAAUUUCUAUGCGUGUGAACGUGAAACGAUAUUUUUUAAUAGUCAUGAUAUAUCGAAGGCGGCAUCGCAAAGUACUUUGUCGGUGUUGGAUCCAGAAGAUUUACAAUUACAAAUUGUACAACCUGAAAUGAGUGUAUUUAAAUGCAUUGUUGCUACAUUACGUCAAGCUUUGGGUAUGUGCUUGUUUGGAGUCGAUGUUAUUAUUGAGAAUAAUACAAGGAAAUAUUAUAUUAUUGACAUUAAUGCAUAUCCAGGUUAUGAUGGAUAUCCAGAUUUUUUUAAUGAUUUAAUGCAGCAUAUUCAUCAGCUUUCAAAUAAUGGAUCUCAGUUACCAUCAGAAGAUAUUCAAUGUACAUCAACAAUCAACCAAUAA